AUGUGUACCUAUAAGCGUAGCAGUCCCCAAAUAUAUAUACCUACUGUGCAGUUGAGUUUGGUUCUAGACUUGGUACCAAUUUGGAUAGAAGCAAAAAGAGUUAAAAGUUUGAAGCACGUUUUGGAAAAGAAAAUGAAGAUAGAGGAGAAUAUUUUAGGGAUAAUUGAAAGUGCAGGUUCAUUUUUGGACGAUGAUGGCAAGCCUAAAAGAACAGGGACAACAUGGACAGCAAGUGCACAUAUAAUAACAACAGUGGUUGGUGCUGGAGUGUUGUCUAUAGCUUGGGCCAUGUCUCAAUUGGGAUGGAUUAUAGGCAUAUUCUCAAUCUUGCUCUUUGCAAUUGUCAACCUCUUUACUUCAAGUCUUCUAGCAGACUGUUAUAGAUCACCAGAUCCUGUCACUGGCAAGAGGAAUCAUGUUUACAUGGAUGCUGUCAGAAACAUCUUGGGUGGUAAAAUGCCUAUGAUAUGUGCACUCAUCCAGUACACCAACCUUCUUGCAGCAGGGGUUGGUUACACAAUAACUACAGCCCUAAGUAUGGUGACAAUACGAAAAAUCAACUGUUUCCACCAGAAUGGAAUUGGAGCAGCCUGUCGUUUUUCGACUAAUCCGUACAUGAUUGGUUUUGGAAUUGUAGAAAUCUUUGUGUCUCAAAUCCCACACUUUCACAAGCUGUCUUGGCUCUCUGUCAUAGCCGCGCUCACGUCUUUUGGUUAUGCAUUAAUUGGUUCUGGACUAUCUCUUGCUAUAGUUUUCACAGGGAAAGGAAAGAGCACUUCUUUAAUGUGGGGCAGCAACGUACAAAAACCAAUACACAAGUUCUUGAAUAUUCUGAUUGCACUUGGAAACCUUGCAACUGCUAACAGUUAUUCACAAAUUGUUAUAGAUAUUCAGGAUUCUUUGAAAUCAUCACCACCUGAAAAUAAAGUGAUGAAGAAGGCAAACAAGAUAGGAAUAUCCACAAUGACAAUGUUGUUCUUGAUAUGUGGAUGCUCUGGUUAUGCUGCAUUUGGUUCAGACACACCUGGUAACAUCCUACUCAGCUCUGGCUUUAAAGAGCCUUUUUGGCUAAUUGACUUAGCCAAUGUCUUCAUUGUUGUGCAUCUGGUUGGAGCAUAUCAGGUUGUUGUCCAACCCAUUUUUACUAUAGUGGAAACAUGUGCUAGACAAAGGUGGGAAAGGUCAAGUUUUGUUAAUAAGGAAUACCCUAUGAGCAUUGGAAAAAUGAAGUUGAGGCUUAACUUGUUUAGGUUAGUUUGGAGGAGCAUAUUUGUGGUGGUAUUGACUGUUAUGGCUAUGGCAAUGCCCUUUUUCAAUGAGAUGCUUGCUCUUUUGGGGGCCAUUGGGUUCUGGCCAUUGACAAUAUAUUUUCCAGUGGAGAUGUACAUUGCAAGAAAAAACAUCAAAAAGGGAACCAAGUGGUUUGGACUUAAAACCUUGAGCUUCUCUUUCUUGCUUCUGUCUUUGGCCAUAGCAUGUGCCGCCAUUCAUGGCAUCGAUCAUGCUCUUCACCAGUACAAGCCCUUCCAGUAUGAAGCAUAG